AUGUUGGAUACGAGCGUAGUUUUCGGAAUUACUGCUACCAUCGUAUCGUUCGUGGCAGGCUACACUAUCGCAAAAAUACCACGUCCAGCGGAUACAAGCUCUACUUCGCCGGAAAAACGUUCUUCGCCAGAUGAAGGAACGGAUAAGGUGUUUGCCGAUAUGGGUGGCGAGUAUAAAAUGGUCCUGGUAGUGCGAAAUGAUUUGAAGAUGGGGAAAGGCAAAAUAGCCGCUCAGUGUGGUCACGCGGCCGUUGGUGCGUUCGAGAGUGGACUUCGUAAUACGCCAGCGGCAAUCCGAAAGUGGCAAAGUAGCGGACAGGCAAAGAUAGCUCUGAAAGUGGAUACGGAGUUGGCAAUGAUGGAAAUCUAUCGUACCGCGAAGGCAAACAAGCUAAAUUGCUGUUUGAUACGUGAUGCGGGUCGUACGCAGAUUGAAGCCAACACCAAAACCGUGCUCGCAAUCGGACCAGCACCUAAUGUGGCGGUGGAUAGUGUGACAGGACAUUUGAAGCUGUUAUAA